CUAUAGCAUUCUCGGGGACUGUGUUGGACGCGAUCGAACAUUAAGCCGAUAGCUAUACGAGAGCAGGAAGGUGUUCUUCUCCUUCGGUAGAGGGCAGAAGUUCGUGUGAAUUUAUGGUCUGUAUACGAACGUACCAAAGUCAAAAUCAAUACAUUAUUUAAUAUUCAUAAAUAUGCGUCCAUGAAACUUUUGUCUCAUUGGAUAUCGAUGACUCGGACGAUGUACAGCUCCUAGACAAAUAUGACCAGAUCAACGCUGAUCUAGCUCCAGUGUUAAAAACUGAGUUUUUAAUCAAAUACUUGAGUAGCAACUCGUUUUAUAAUAAAUUUAUCAUAUCAUGCGCUUUGAAUUCGAAGGGGCGGCACCCCACUUUGAAUUAUCUCCUCGCACGCUUAAAUUCCAUCAUCGUCCGACUCUACUCAUGAAUUCAGAAUGCUAUCCAUCAUCCGCACGCUACAUACCUGUCCAAUCAAUUCAGUUUAUUCAUCAAUUACUCGAACUCCGGCGUAAGCGACUAUGUACCGGCCAUCUGGGCACGCAAUCCCAGUCCCAAGGUCCUUGCCUCCAGCCUCCUUUCACCAAUCGUAUCUCUGCUCCUUCAAGGCGAAAGCCUACCCACGGCACCAACAGUCCACAUAAGCCUCCGCAUCCAUCGGAGGGUACAAGCACCCUACAUUCGCCUUCCCAUCAUCCACCCGCAGGACUUCACCACGAGUGGUCCGCGCUAAUGCCUGCAUCCGCGUGGAACGGAUCCAACUUCAUAGCAAGAGUUAGGAAACAUGGGACUUAUCAAGUUCGUGUCAGCAGCCAACGUUGCAACACCCGUCGUCAUCAGCUCAAUGACAGGCAUCUUCGACCUUGUCUUCCUCAUCAGAUAUGUCAGCGCUCGUGUAUGAGAAUAUCGGCAUAUCAUGCAGAGGGGAGGGUUACACUUACUUGCUGCAUCCGCUGUUAUAGCAUGAUACGCAGAAGGGAGCAGCAGAGGGAAAAAUGUAGCGUGGAUUGGGAGUAUCAUUUCGGAUGGUACCCACAGCUGAUGUCUUCUGCCACGCAUCUUUUCCCGUGUUCAUCUCAUAAGGCAGACUCAACCGUCCCUCCGUCCGGCUUACGAAAGCAGUAACAGGAUGGCCCGACUGCAAAUCGAUACGCUGAUCGCCAACACUGUUCGAUUUCUUGUAUCAGUAUCAUAACUCGACCCCAUCGAUUUUUGUCCAUGUCUUGAUUUGUACACGGGGAUGCUGACACUUGGCGACGUCGGACGUUAUCAUAAUGGCCGUCGGUCGCAGCAAGCUCAGAACUCACACGGGAUUCAA